GCUGCCGCGUGAUGUUACAUUUCGGGAACAUGGUUCACGUUCGCUAUUUUAGCUGGUCAAUUGUUGCAGUGGGCAACAUUAGCUGGCGAUUCUGUGCUCGUUUAUCAGGCCUUUCUGGUCUGACAAGUCCGAUUCAAACGUACUGUUUAGGUAUACGGGUAGUUUAUAUAAUAAAUUAAGCUGAUAGAAUAGGCACAGAGUUUCUAAACCCAGAGACGCAACAUCGCGAGACUUCCUGGAACGCUUGUCAAGCAGACCAGACCGGGGUUUGAGAAGUUUAAAAAUAUAUAUCAUUAGCUGUUCAUUUUCGCAAUCUAAAGGCACAACCUCGAUUGGAGCCAAUGUCUUAAGUAGUUGAACAUGUUAUUACUCCAACCUCGUGAAAGUUACACCUUUGUGUUGAUGCCGUGCACAUGCGCAGUUCGGCGCUAGACGACCGUUUGACCCGAUGACUUAUUUCUGCGCAUGAGUUUAGCUAGCCAACAUCGCCACGACAUAUUCGAUAUUUGGUGGAUAUUGAUUUUCUCAUCAAUACCUAUUGAACCAAGCAUGCCAUUGCUAUGAAGAUGGUAUAUUCUGAAUCAGGGGUGGAUGGAGAGAAAUCAUCACCUUUUUAUUUACUUUUAUUGUUAUUUUUAAAUAAUACGAUUUUGGAUUUCAAUCUUCAAUACCUCUUACACCUAGUGUGCCAUGACCAUGAUAAUUAUAUAUUUAUUGUAAAAAGGUAUUAGGAAAAAAAUGUGUCCAUCCUUCCCGGAUUCAGAAUAUAUCAUUUUAAUAGUCAGGGCACGCUUUGUGUAAGUGCUAUUGAAGCUUGAAAGCAAAUAAAAAAUAAAUACAUUUCAACAACAACAAUCGACGGUGGAUUUUUUUUGUCCACUCCCUCACUCAGAAUAUAUCAUUUGAAUUGUCAUGGCACGCUUGGUGUAAGAGAUGUUACAUUGAAAGAUAUAUAUAUAUAUACAUAUAUAAAAAAUACAUUUUAAAAAGUGUGGAUUUUCUCCAUCCAUCCUAUUCAGAAUAUACCAUCUUCAUAGUCAUCGCAUGCUUUGACGAGAGAACCUAAUAUCCAGUAUAAACUAGUUUUACCUCCGUACUUCACGGAUGACGCAAAGCAAGUGAAAUAGGGCGUCAUGAUGACGCUAGGUCCGUGCACUCAUUUCGCUGUGUAGGACCUUGCCGGGCCCUCAUCUUUUCAAUGUGUGAACAAUGUAUGUAUAGGAAUUGUCGUAGUUCUGCUGAUAGGACGAGACCCCUCGCAUGAAGUAAGUUUCUAUCUAUGGGCAUUACUUGCAACUGUAGCCGCUGCAAGAGCGAGUGACCGUUUGAUUUCCGGGCCGGCGACGUAAUUCAUGGCAAACAACGAAAAGAGGAUGAAAAUAACAUGAUUAGCACCGAUGGCCUCUCUAAAUGCGAGGCGACACGGCGCAAGACGGGGAAAAGGCCACUGGGGGAGAUGCUGCACCUUCUGUCCGCUGUCAUUGUCUGGCUUGUGACGGGGACAACUAUCUCCAGUCUUAACAAAUGGAUAUUUGCAGUGUACAACUUCAGGUACCCCUUACUGCUAUCGGCCCUGCACAUGUUGACAGCAAUAGUGGUGGACUUUUGGCUUAUUAAACUUCGAAUGCUCCAGCACAAAGGCGGUGUUGACAAGCAUAAGGACCUUACCAACAGCGCCAAAUGGAAGGUGUUUCUAUUGAGCUUGACGUUUUGUGCCAGCAUUGCGUUUGGCAACGUGGGUCUGAACUAUGUCCAGCUGUCAUUUGCCCAAAUUAUCUACACCACCACGCCAAUCUUCACCCUGGCGAUUUCCACCCUUAUCUUGGGCAAGCAGCAUCACAUCCUCAAAUACACGGCCAUGAUGCCCAUCUGUCUGGGAGCCUCGUUCAGCAUCAUGGGCGAGGUCCAGUAUGACCAGACCGGUUGCUUCUUCGUUUUCGCUGCGACAAUGUUGAGAGGUGUCAAAACCAUCCAGCAAAGUAUCUUGCUCCAGGAGGAGAAGAUCAACUCUGUGUUCCUGCUCUACCUGAUGUCCAUCCCCAGUUUCUGCAUCCUGGCCGUAGCUGCUCUGGCCCUGGAGAACUGGGCCGUGCUAGAGUCUCCAAUGCAUUAUGACCACAACUUGUGGCUCUUCAUCCUGCUCAGCUGCCUGGGCUCUGUCAUGUACAACCUGGCCAGCUGCUGCGUCAUAACCCUCACCUCCGCCGUCACCCUGCACAUCCUCGGCAACCUGAGCGUGGUGGGCAACCUGCUGCUCUCCCAGCUGCUGUUCGGCAACGAGAUGUCAGCGCUCAGCUGCGUCGGCGUGGCACUCACACUCUCCGGCAUGCUCAUCUACCAGAACUCUGAAUUUAUCUCAGACUACAUGAACGCACGGCGAGACAAAGCCAGGGCGCUCAUUCGUGGGAGGGAGGAGGACAUCGCUGGCCCAUCACAACCCCCCCAAGACCAGCAGGGAAGCAGGGAUGCCGAUGGCAAGCGAGAGGACAAGAUAGACUGAGAGAGAAGGAGGAUAGGAGUUGGACUGUUUACAGCAACCCUGUUGCUUAGUUAGUUAAGUCAGGUGGUUCUGUGGAGAGGAUCAGGAGAUGGGCUUCAACCUCAUGAGGUCAUAGUUGGUGAUGACAUGAGUGACAGAACUUGUUUGUUGGGUUGUUUUUACCUCUUCACUGUGCCAAUGUAUUUAUUUCUGCCAUGGUCUCAUUGAAUGAGAAGUCAGUCUAGGCCAGCUGACAAAAAAAUCUGAUGCCUUUCUGAAAGUGACAGUUGAGUUUUCACUGUUCUAAUACCCAUACGUGCACACAUCCUGGUAUAUGCAUGCAUGAGCACACAAUGUGAUCUAUCUCAUGAGGUGUCGCUCUCACUACUCCACUGUGAAAAUGUUCAACAUGAGUGAGUGCUCAAUGGGAUGUUGGGAGGGAAGGAUUAGGAACACCUCCUAUAGAUGGGCACAAAUAAAAUAAAAAUAAGCAUGGUACUGUUACCUAUCCUUCCCCUGGUCUUGUAUCAGUGUGAAUGAGGUUUCCUGGCAGCUUUUUAUGUGGUGGAUCUUAAUAUGGGGGGUGUAGCAUUUGUUCUAGUGCUAUAGCUUUUGUCUAGAUGACGUUUACAAUGGCGGAGACAUGCAAGCUAACAGGGUCGGCAUAUCAUUUCUGUUGGCUGUUUGUAGGCAUGGAGGUCAGUGAGCCACACUGUUAAUCUACUGCAUGGCGAAGCGCAGAUCUGAGGCGCGCACUUUGUCCUGCUCAGCGACCUCUUAUUGCAUUUCCUCUUAAUAAAAGGAACCUAUUAUAAUCAAUUUAAUAACCUCCAACCUGAACAGCAGUUCUCACUGCAGAAAACCUCUAUUAUUAGGCCCAUUCACUCUAAGGAGUCUCACUCAUCUUUAGUACAGUUCUUUUCUUCUGGGAGAGAUCAUAAAAAGGAUUUCAUGAUCCUCCUUCCUGCCACUCCUGGGCCGAACAGAAAUGUCUACUCUGCCAGGUUUCAUGUCUCCACUCAGAGGGUGCCUCUAUUUUUAACCUUUUACGUUUAGUCUCCCUUAACCUCUGCUGGACAGUGUUAUUGUAACUCCCAUUACAAUACAUUUGAAUAUUUAUGAAGACAUUUUAGUUUUAUUGUUUAUUUCUUCUGCUUUUUGAAUUGGGUAAGGGACUGUUUAUGGGUCUUAGAAAGGACAAAGGAUGUUUUUGUUUUGCCAUCUACGUUUAAAACAAUAUGUCAUUGAAGUUUGAAAGCACUUAUGGUAUCUUGUCUAUAGCAGGGUUUCCCAAGGUUGGUCCUGCCCCCCCCCCCGGGUGUACGGUUGAUCUUUUUUAUGCCUGUACCACUACACAGCUAAUUCAAAUAAUCAAAGCUUGAUGAUGAGUUGGUUAUUUGAAUCAGCUGUGUAGUGCAAGUGCAAAAAAACAAAAUGUGGGGGGGGAAGAGACAACAGAGUUUGGGAAACCCUGGUCUAUAGCACUGACAUAUGACAGUGGUCACUCAGUAGCUGGAGGUCUAAUCAACUGGUCUGUCACUUGGCAAACAGUCAUGUGACUGGAGGUCUUGCAUAACUCAGAUCCAGGUGUAAAAAUUGCAUGUAUGGUCUAUGUACAGAAAUGAGCUUAUGAAGAUGUUUCUAAUCUUCCUUCCCCAGUCAACAUAACCUUCCGGUGUGCCGAACAUUGACUUCUUGGUUUAGCUUCAGUUCAGCCUCGGAUAGACACUGGACAACAAAGUUGCUCUCUAAUGGGAAAUGGUUAUAUAUCUUUUGUUACCCACCUGUUCUUUUUUCUCAUAUGUUGCCAUAUGCACAGCAGUAGACACAGAAUGAUUUGUUGCCAGCCUCGACCUGAUAAAUGAGACGUUGGAAUGAAGAUCAGAUUCAUGCCAGUCACCCAUUUGUUUUAACAUUCAGAGUUGUAUCAAAAGGGUCUUGUUAUUGAUGUUAGUUUAAAUACCUCAGUCUUCAACAUGGCUUGUUAAAGACCAUUUGUUUAAUGACUUAUGUAAGUUAGCAGUUGAAGAGAGAUCAAGCAGCUGAAAGCAUGUCUGCCCACAACCACGGUUUGUCAACUGUUUAUAAUCUGUUAAAUUGCCUACUGUUUUUAAAAGCCAAUUUGGUUUAGUACCUUUGGAUUGACAAUGGGGGCUUUUCAAUCACACAGCCUAUAGAAUAUAUAUAUAUAUAUAUAUAUAUGACUGUACCAGCUUCACAGAUCGUGGUUUGAUUUGUUCAUACGGAGUUAUCUUUGAGGGUGGGGCAAAGCUCAUAUUGCACUGACGAGUUUUGGAGAUGCUGCCUUUACAGCAUAGGGCUCAUGUGUAUGUACUGUUUUUGAUGUCUGCAAAAGUUAAAUCAUUUUAUUAUAUUUAUGUAUUUUACAAUCAUGGCUGGCUCAAAUACAUAUACUGGUUCAAGAA